UUCCCUGAUACACUGAUAACUACAGCAGCAUUAUCAAACACUAUCUUUGCUCCCAUUUCCACAAGAAAACAUUAAAUGCGUCAUUUAUUGAAAUAAUAGAGGAUAAAUAUCAUAAUGCUCGCGGAUUCCUUGUUUGCAAGUUUAAAUUCGCGGAUAUUGCAAAAUGAAUUUAGUUUUCAUAGGUGUUCUUCUGUUUUCUUCGUGUUUUGAGUUUAGUUUUUGUAGCGACGUGUGCCCGAAGCAAUGUGACUGUGAUACGGACAAGGGAUUGAACAGAGCUGUGUGUGUUGAUCAAAACAUAGUGACUGUGGAUAUAGGAGUGCCUAAACAGGUGCAAGUUUAUAGUCUGAACAAUAACGGCAUAACUGAACUGGAUAACUUCUGCUUUAAGGAAUCCGGCUACACAUCAAUAAUAAUUUUAAACCUAUCUUAUAAUUUAAUAUUUUGGGUCGGAAUACAUGCUUUUUCUGGGUUGACAAGUUUAACCCACCUAAACCUGAGCAACAAUAGACUGAGGUUCUUGCCUUCUGACCUCUUCUGGGACACACCACGGCUGGAGUCACUGGACUUGUCUGGAAAUGUGUUUGAGUCACUGAAAAAUGAGCCAUUUAUAUAUCACAUGCAUUUGCAGGUCUUAAAUCUCAACAACUGCCGCAUAAAAUCCUUGCCACCCAGGCUCUUCAAUAAUCUUCCUAAUCUUAGGAAAUUAGAUUUGAGUGAAAAUUACAUGAUAACCCUAAACACCGAUGUUUUGAAGCCAAUGCCUAAACUCAACAGACUCGAAUUAGAGAGUGAGUACUGGCAAUGCAAUAAGGACUUUAUUGCAGUUGAAGAUUGGAUCUCUAAUCACGGCAUCACUUACGACAAAAUAUGUAAGAAGAGGCAGGGUAAAAUGUCGGAGAAAAUGAUUGUAAUGGCGCCGAUGCCACGGAAAGAGGUCGAUAUCGAUACAGUGUGGAACGUGACUGAGAUAGACGACGUAACCACCGCAAAACUACCAACGAAGAAGCUGACGCCACUACAGAAAUUCGACCAGGAUUUUCCAGCUUUGCAAGCGCUUAUAAUCGGGCUGGAGUUGGGUUUAGCGAUAGGUAUAGUGGGGACUUACAUCUGGCUUCGUUCUUUAUGUAAGUGCAGGAGACUGGUAUGCUGGUCUACUCCGUCUCGGCGGGAGCGGCGGCGCGCGGCGCGGCUGGCAGAUAGCGACAUGAGCACCAGUCUACUGUGGACCACCGUCCUCAACACUGACACUCCGCCGACGCUACGACGGGAGCUCUCCCUCCCUGAUAGGGCUCCACCGUUCCCCGCGUACGGCCUGCCGGGGCUCGCGCGGCACCUGGGACCCGUCAUGGCGUACCACGAGGAUGAUAGGGCCGAGACCCCGCCCCCGGCUUAUACUGACUGCAGGAUCAAUGUAUGAAGGGGGUAGGAAAGUAUCUUGUGAUAAUUUAUGAAUUUAAAAUGAAUAUUUUGGGCGUGCCGCUGAUAACUGUGGUGAUUGGCGGGGUUCAUGAAGUGAUUUGAUGAAGAAUUUUAAACAAUAAUUUGGUAUUACAGAACUCGUUUAUUAGUUACUGUUUUCAUAAAUACAUUCAUUUAUCACAUUGGAUCUUAUUUACUGAUAUAGUACGACGUCAAUUAUAUAAAAAUAUAUACUUAAUCAGACUCAUGUAGCAGUAUAAAAUUCUCUUAUGACUAAGUUCGUAGAUGGGUAACUAAAUAAUAUAUAAUUUGUAUAAAGUAAUAACACAACCCCAUGGCAAAUAGAUAUUCGAUAUGGCAAUUUGUUUUAUAAAUAAAUUUAUUAAAUCUAAA